ACGAUAACCACCAGACACGCGCGACCACUUUCAAUUGACUCCUACACUGCAUUUUCAGACUGGUCCAUAGGUUGGCUCAGUCUUGACGUCCUUUCCUAACUUUCUACAAGCCCUUUUAUGCAACCUGCGCGUCCUGAAGUCUCCCAAAACGCGACUUUAGUAGACCAGCCCCGAAAUCCCUCGCCUUCCACACAAUAUGGACAACCAGUCAAUGACCGGCCGGCAUCUGGCGGCAUGCUUCACAGAAGCAGCCCUGGAGUAUCAUCGGCAAUCUCGGACGACCUUGACAGCGUCUCGAUCAGCUCUGGAGAUACUCAGCGCGGCCGAUCUUUCAACGCCGGGCGGAUAAGCAGUCGGAACGAUUCUUCUCAGAGUAGCUCCCCUGGCAGUCGUAUCGACGAGUAUGAGAAAGCACAUGCAUCACAUCGCAAACGCUCAAAGGGGUUGAUCUUCCAGGUCAUUCCAUCUUCAAGAGAUAAGGCUCAGAGCGUGUCACUCGAGAGUUUCCCAAAUGAGGUUUUGACCCAUAUUCUCUCGCAUCUCCCACCCGAGACACUCUCCUCAAUGAGCUUGGUUUCCCAACGAUUUCAUAGACUUGUUACCACUCCUCCAGCCUGGCGCAUUGCUUUUGCCCGAUUUUUCCCUGGGGCCGAUGCACUCGAUGCAGACCUCGUCAAAUCCAGCCGAGAAUCUGCUUCCGACUCCGAUAGAGCCCAGCGACGAUCUUUUACACGACUAUCAGCACUCGCGUCCUGGAGAAGUGAAUACAUUCUGCGGACGCGCUUGCUUCGAUCCCUGGGAAGAGGAAGGCCUGCUUUAGAGGCGAUUUCACGAUCCACCUCAUCUCGUCAUGCGAGUAGUGCUUCAGCUGCAGCCGUUACCACCUAUCCGUCCGGCUUGUACUAUCCGGUCAGCCACAUCCAUGCUACUUUCGGCAUAGGAUUGAACAAGAGACAGCCUCUGUUUAUGCAUGGCGCCGUCGAACAGGGUGGAGUUUCUAUAAGUGAGCCAGGCACCGGGAAACCAGGCGCUUGGGGCUUGGCCGACUUUGAGGGUUUCAAGCAUUUUGCUGACCAAUUUUCCGGUGAGCUGCCGUACGGCUUGGGCCCUGGAAAUGUGGUUGGCAUGGAGAACGUCAUGGAUAUCAGCCAGCAAUAUGGCAAAUUGUACGGAGAAGCCUGCCCUGGUGGACGGCUUUACUACACCUCGACUAGCGAACAACGUGGACGUUUUGUCCCCAUCGCCUCACCUGCCAACCACGCCUGCGGAAUUCCUGAAGUGACCAUGAUUGGAUGCGCUGUCUGCUCAGUCUACAUUGCCAAAUCCGAGUCGCUUCUUGGGGUCACCAGCGGCAUGUUCGGCUUUCUCGCUGGAUUUUCAAAUGGUGUACUUGCUGCCUAUGCUCUUGGUGUCAACCCUGUGCACGAUCGCCGCUUGGACAAGGGCGAACCUACUGCGAAGUGGGUGCUUUGCCCUGGAGUUCCCGUCGUACAAAUUUGCAUUGACGAGAAAGUUUCUCCUCGGAGAGUCAACUCUCAUAGGAUUUGGGCUGUUGUCGUCAAUGCGCUUGGGGAGGUCUUUUACCUCUCAGAGACACCAGUGAGGCCAGACUCAUCAGGCAGGCUCUCGCCUUCCGACAUCGAUCGUCUUGCCUGGCAGACGGGAAGAAGCGUGGAAUGGACACUUGUAGAAUCCACAAGACGACAAGCCAAACCUGACCCUUUCGGCACAGCUCAAGUGGAUGGCAGUUACACACCUCGGACCUCUAGCGAUCGAUGCGGAUUGAGUCAAGAACAGAUCAUUGCCGAGACGAAGGAAGUCGAGCGGUUCUUACUUCAUAAACCCAAGCAUUUUCAGGCCAUAUGUGAAGGUUGGGACAUGAGACGUACAAUCGUUCUCGACUUUGCUGGCGAUGACCACCAUGGCGGCGGAGAAUCAAUUUUCAUUAUCGAGCGUGGAAUGGAUGCUGGGCGUCCAAUGGCAAUCCGUCGAUACACUCGUUGUAGGACGAAGAUUGCUAUAGACUUCGACUCCGAAAAGUGGCCAGCUAUACCAGCAACGACGGCUCGAUCUUCGAUCUUUGGAAGCGGGCUCACUUCCCAGCCGCAAUCUCAUACCUCUCCUGCUUCGAGAAGCACGUUGAGAUCUCGUACAUCCAGUCAAGAUGACUUUGCGGAUACAAAGUUUCGUGAAGAUUGGCAUAUUUCACACAUGUCUUUCGCCGACCAUCGGAACGUCGCCAUUUCCGCAGUCGCGUCUGAUGAUUCAGACUUUGCAACGUUGACGGUCAACGAGGAUCCUCUCCUUGGGAUGUCGGGAGGUUCGGAUAGUUCAUCUCCCAUUGCUUCGCCAAUGGGUCAUAUGCAGCCAGCCACCUCAGCUGCGGAGAUACCUGGUCAUCGUGCUCGACUUUUUGGGAUCGGCACAAUGUCUGGCAUCGUUAUGCUAUGGAACAUGCGGGCCACCAUCGCCUCUAGCCCAGACGUCGUCAACACGAUUCCACCCGUCAGGGUCAUCUACACGAAGAGUCCCCAGAUUGCAUCGCUUGCAAUGACUUCUCUGUAUGUGGUGCAUGGAGGAAAUGAUGGUUUGGUACAGGCUUGGGAUCCGCUUGCAUCUACCAAUGAGGCGAUCAGAACUUUGAAUUCCCGUUUCUCUGAUCGAGCGAGGCGACGUAUCGCUCAGGCCGAAGCAUCUGUGCAAGGUGUGGGCAAUAAUUAUUAUGCUGCGGGCGCAAUUGUUCUCGACCCUGAUCCUACCGCCCUACGUGGAAUGGUCUCCUUGGGAGCAUAUUUGCGCUAUUGGUCAUACAGCUCAACUGCAGCUGAUGCGUACAAAAGUCGCAAGCGUGGGCAGCUCCGUCGCCGUUCUGAACGUGGCAGCAAUUCUACACCAGCCAGUCAAAAGGUCAGUGCCACUGGCCGCGGUCUCCUCAAAGACUACAUUAGCAACGAACGAUUCGAAAUGGAGAGGGAGAAAGUGGCCAGGCACAAGGAAAACGAACGUUUGAGUGGCCGCUUCGGCACAAAUCUGCUUGGUGAAGGUGCAAGCGAGGAGGAAAUACUUGCAUACGCCACCAUGCUCAGUGAGGAAGCUUUCUCGAACGAUGAAAUAAAGAGAAAGGCCAGUGAACGUUCAAGUUCCUAUGCUUCGCCGAGUUUUGCUCCAGAGCACAAGAGCACUGAUAUUGACGAUGAUCUUGACGAGGCCAUCCGUCUGAGCUUACUCGGCAGCACCCCGGGCUCCUCGUCUCCUCUUACGACAGAAUUUGACAUCCCUAUUCGCUACGCCAAAGGUUCCAAGCACGGCACACCCUACCGCAACACUCAAGCUGGCAGCAGCAAAGUCCCUGACGCGACCAGCAAUGAGGACGAAGAUUUGGAGUUUGCGUUGCAGCUCAGUCUCGCAGAGGAACAGAGCAGGAAGAUUAUAGAAGACGAAUUUCCAGCACUGACCCCUUCGUCUAGUCCAGGCUCCGAUGGCAGUGGGAAAGGGAAGGGCAAGUCACGACGUCGACAUUAGGUGAAUUUGUUUAUUGGACACUUCAGUUCUUGUGCUGCUGUUUUGUUGAUGAAGGGCUCUUUCACUUUUCUUUUCAGAGCUACUUUUUCUUGGUACGCUUUCGUGAGGAAGGCGGCCAAUUAGUAUUUUAGUGUUGUUGUGAGUUGAAGAAUAGUAAUAAUGAUGCCAAGGACGAACCUCGGCUAGCUUCGG